AUGAAUGUGGCUCAGGAAGGGAAGCCCAUCUGCUGCUACAAUUGCCGUCCUUGUGCAGAAGGAUCCAUCUCCACCAUGGAAGAUGCAGACAAAUGUACCAAAUGUCCAGAAGAUCAACAUCCAAACACGUAUCGAGUUCACUGUAUCCCCAAGAUUAAAAGUUAUCUUUCUUAUAAGGAAAAUCUGGGGAUUAUCCUGACUUCCAUUGCCUUGUUCCUCUCUUUAACCACAGGCUUUGGCUUGGGGAUCUUCAUUAAAUUCAUGGAAACACCAAUUGUCAAAGCCAACAACCGGGACCUCUCCUACAUCCUCCUGGUCUCUCUCCUGCUUUCCAUUUUGACUUCCUUCCUGUUCAUUGGCCGGCCAAGGAAGGUGACCUGUCUCCUCAGACAAACAGCCUUCAGCAUUGUCUUCUCAAUUGCCAUUUCUUCAAUCUUGGCCAAAACCAUCACAGUGGUGUUAGCCUUCUUGGCCACAAAACCAGGGAAUAAAGUGCAGAGAUGGUUGGGGAAGAGCUUGGCCAACUCCAUUGUCUUUUCUUGUUCUGGCCUUCAAGUUGUCAUCUGCAGCAUCUGGUUGAGCACUUUUCCCCCAUUCCCUGACUCUGACAUGAACUCCCAAGUGAGAGAAAUCAUCCUACAAUGCCAUGAAGGUUCUGUCACCAUGUUUUAUUUUGCCCUUGGGUACAUGGGCUUCCUGUCUGCUGUCUGCUUCACGGUGGCUUUUCUGGCCAGGAAUCUCCCUGGGGCCUUCAACGAAGCCAAGUUGAUCUCCUUCAGCAUGCUGGUCUUCUGCAGUGUCUGGGUGUCCUUUGUGCCAGCCUACCUGAGCACCAAAGGGAAGUACACGGUGGCUGUUCAGGUCUUCUCCAUCUUGGCCUCCAGUGCUGGACUGCUGAGCUGCAUAUUCUUCCCUAAAUUCUACAUUAUUAUUUUUAGGCCAGAUCUGAAUACCAAAGAACAUUUGAUGUCAAAAUAA